ACUACAACAGGGGGCGUUGCAAACUCCAAGCAGCCCUUGGGCUGCAGCAGCUGGACGGCGCGAGCCAAUAACAGAGCGCCUGUCCGGCUACGCUACUUCCCCUCGCCUUGGUCUCGUCCGCUAUUCUUUUCUCUCAGCCUCGGCAUUUUGCUUUCCCCGGCUCGUGGAAACAGACGCCAUUGUAGGGAAGCGCUGAAGGAGGAGCAUCUCUCUCCAUAGUCGUUGUUUGUUCCCGGAAAUACUGGAGCUUACAGUUUGAAACAUGUGUAGUGUUUUGCAAGCUGACAGUAGAAAAAUUGACAUGUUGAAGAUCCUGCGUAAAACAACGGAGCACUUAGAAUGUGACCACUGCAAUUUCAGAGGCUCCGACUAUGAAAAUAUACAGAUUCAUAUGGGAACUAUCCACCCUGAGUUUUGUGAUGAAAUGGAUACUGCAGGAUUGGGGAAGCUUAUAUUUUACCAAAAAAGUGCAAAGUUGUUCCAUUGCCACAAAUGUUUUUUUACCAGCAAGAUGUAUUGUAAUGUUUAUUAUCACAUCACAGCACACCAUGGGAUUCCUGACAAAUGGAAUGAAGAGCAGAAAGAUUUGUUAGUAACAGAUAAGGAAUCCGUAAAGAAACCUCUCUUUGUGGAACCUCAAAAGCCUUCUCUUUCUCCUGAGUCACUGAAACCUACUGUUUCUCCAGAGUCUCAGAAGUCUGUUACCUCUGAACCCCUCAAGUCUGAUGUUGGGUUAUCCUCCACAAAGCCCAUCUCAGUUGUAUCCUUGGAGCAACAGAAGGUUGUUCUAGUUGCAUGCCCAGAGCCACAGAAACUCAUCUCUGCUGUAUCAUCUGAGCUUUCAAAACCUAUUCCAGUAGUGUCAUCAGAACCAUUUAAACCAGCUGCUUCUGUGACUCCAGAACCACUGAAAACUGCCCCAGUGGAGUCCCUAGAGGUACCAAAAUCUGUAUCUGCUAUCUCCCCUGAGCCACAGAAACCUGGCACAGCCACAUACAUUGAGACACAGAAACCCUUCCCUGUUGUACAUCCAGAACUCCAUGUAUCUAUCCCAGAGCCAGAAAAGCCUGCAGCACUUGUUUCUCUAGAACCACAGAAACCAAUUCAACCUGUGUCCCCAGAACCUCAAAUGUCUGCUGUGCCUGCAUCUCCACCUGUGGCUACAUCUGAACCACAGAAAUUAGCUCCGGCUGUGUCUCCCGAGCCCCGCAGGCACACUCCGGCUGUGUCUCCCGAGCCCCGCAGGCACUCUCCAGCUGUGUCUCCCGAGCCCCGCAGGCACUCUCCGGCUGUGUCUCCCGAGCCCCGCAGGCACUCUCCGGCUGUGUCUCCCGAGCCCCGCAGGCACUCUCUGGCUGUGUCUCCCGAGCCCCGCAGGCACUCUCCAGCUGUUUCUCCUGAGCUAAAGAAACCUGCUGCUUCUGCUCUGUCCUCAGAACCUCGCAGGCAUAUUCCUCAAAUGCGAAGACCUGCUUUAACACUUUCCCCUGAGCCACGAAAACCUGAGCCACCAAUACCAGAUCCCUGGAGGCCUGCUCCCAAUAUUGCUCCAGAGCCCUGGCGGCCUGCUCCUAAUAUUUCUCAUGAGCAGCAGAAGUCUCCUAUUACUGUGUCACCUUGGUCCCCCAAACCUCCCACAUCUAUGUCACUUGAGUCCAGGAGGCCUGCCUCAGAACCUCGAAGACCAGGCUCUAUGAUGUCUCCAGAGCCUCAGAAGUUUGUGCCAGAGCCUUGGAAAUCUACUUCCUUGCCUGAGCCUCAGAAAUCUAGUCUGGCUUCCUCAGAGCCCUGGAAACCCAUUUCUUCUGUUUAUCCUGAAGGGUGGAAACCAGUUUUGUCUCCUGACACCUGGAGGUCAUCACCACCAGUGCCAUCCUCUGCUCCUCCUCCUGUGCCAUCUGAGCUUAGAAAACCUGGUCCUCCAAUGUCACCUGAUCUUUGGAAACCUUCCUUUUUUCCUGAGCAACGUAAGCCAGCUCCUACUGUGCCUCCUGACCCUUGGAAAUAUUCUUCUGAUUCUCGGAAGUCUCCUUUCUUUCCAGAGACUCAGAAGCCUGCUCCUUUUGUUUCCUCUGAACUCCAAAAACGUGCUUUGUUUUCUGAACCCCGAAAACGGCCCCUGUUUUCCGAGCCUAAAAAAUCUGUUCCUCCUGUUUCUGCUGAAGUACAAAAACGCUCUUUCUUUCAUGAUGCUCACAUGUCUUUUCCUGAAGUCCAAAAACAUGCCCUCUUUUCUGAACCUCACAGACCUACUCCUGUUUCUCCUGAGGCCCCAAAGCACACUUUCUUCCCAGAGCCCCAGAAACAAGUUGCUGUUUCUCCUGAAAUUCCAGAGCGUGUUCCCUUUGCAGAGCCUCAGAAACCACCUGUUCUUUCUCAUGAAGUUCUGAAGGCUCCUGCAGUUUCUCCUGAAAUCCAGAAACACACAACCUUUGCUGAACCACAGAAGCCACCUCCUGGUUCCCCUGAGAAACAACAGCAAGGUUUCUUUGCUGAGCCUCCAAAAAGUACUCUUUUACCUGAGCUCCAAAAACUGGCCCCUUCUGUGUCUUCUGAUCCAAAGCAAAUAUUUGGUUCUGAUGUCCACAAACCAAAGGAAACAGCAGACAUAGAAGCCCACAAAAGUGCAGUCUCUGACUUCAGCCAGCCUGCUGCAUCCAUUUUUUCAGACUUGCAGGCGCAUACCGAAUCUGGUAAUAAAGAUUUCUUCACUGAGCCUCAAGAAAGUGAGAAUCCAUUCACUAGUCUGUUACCUCCAAAGGAGCAGCCUAUGCAAGCCAGGGAACCUGCAGAAGAAGUUUUAUUUUCUUGUCCAAAGAAGAAACCUAAGAAGGAAAAUCAGGAGACUCCGAGUACAGACCUUACUAGCAGUGAGAGUGGAAAUACUGAAAUGGAUACCUCUGAGGUGAAGGAACAGGAAUCCAACAGUGAUCAAGAACAGUUUGAUACAGAAUCUAAUGAUCUCAGUAAAGAGUCUAAAAUUGAUGCAGCUACUCCCACUCAACCUCAAUGUGUGCUGCAGUUUACCGAAGAGAAGGAGGCAUUUAUCUCUGAAGAAGAGAUAGCAAAAUAUAUGAAGCGUGGCAAAGGCAAAUAUUAUUGCAAAAUUUGUUGUUGCCGGGCUAUGAAAAAAGGUGCUGUUUUGCACCAUUUGGUUAACAAGCAUAAUGUUCACAGUCCAUACAAGUGUGACAUAUGCGGAAAGGCUUUUCUCUUGGAAUCUCACCUUAAAAACCAUGUUGCUGCUCAUGGUCAGAGUUUGCUUAAAUGUCCACGUUGCAGUUUUGAAUCAAACUUUCCUAGAGGCUUUAAGAAGCAUUUAACCCAUUGCCAAAGCCGUCAUAGUGAAGAGGCCAAUAAAAAACAGGGGGAUACCAUGACUGAACCACCUGGUCAGGGUGAAGAGGCCAAUAAAAUACCAGUGGAUGGCCCUGAACCAUUGAAUGCAUUGCUUACUGAAUCACUUACUGAACCACAGAUUUAAUUAUUUUUAUUUUGAAGCUGAGGAAUCUUCAAAUAUGUUAGAUUGUAGUCAGUAAUGCCAUGGAACUAAUGUGAAUAACAUAAUAAUUAUGUUAUAUAUUAUCAUAUAAAAUUAAUAAAAUAAUAAACAAUAAGUGUGAGGGCCACAAUCCAGUGCAAAAUUAAGUGGACAACUCAUUGAUUUAAAUAAGCUCUAGUAUGCUUAAAUGUAUUAUAUUGUAGCCAUUAUAUAUAGUUUUCAGAAAUAGUGAAACUUUCCUGCCAAAGUAAUAGGACUGUACUGGAUUGUGUGUACGUUGGGGUGUCAUUUAAAAAACAAAAAGAGAUUAGUCAUGGACAGAGCAGUCCAGUUUUAAAAAUUAUUUUGUGGCAGAAUGAUCAAGUUCCAAGCCUUGCCAGUCCUACACUGCCCAGGGUAGAAGGUUGGGGGGAAAGGAGAGCUAGAAGGAACAGAAGCUGGACCUAGCAUACUUCUCCCCACCCUCCCACAUAUCUUGAGGGUGUAUCUGGAGAUCCAGCAAAUUCAAAACCUCCCCUGAUCCACCGGCCCCCCACUCCCUCCACCAUCUGAGCAAUGAUAGCAUGGUGGCUGGAAGGGAGCUUCCAAGGAUAGAUGGAGAUCUACAAAAUCCUGUGGCUUCUGUGACAUGCUCCCAGGGAUCACAGGAUAGCACACUAAAAUUAUUAGAGUAGCAGAAAUUUGGCAACUAGCCCAACCAGUUUACCUGUACAAUUCCAAUUUUCUAUUUUAAAAAUACUGAAUAAGUUCAAUACUUGGUGGAAGCAUCACAAAAUGGAAAUCACACUAAAUCUUGCAUGAAGUAAUAUAGUUAUUUGUCUGGAAUUGUAAGUUGUGAUCAUUUUUAAGUAUUGCAAGGAGAAAGCAGUGUUCCCACCUCAGUAAAUUCUUUAGAUUUUUGAAGUAGUUGUGCUUCUGCUCUCACCCUAUUUGAAGUGCAAAUUAAUAUGUGCAAAAUGGCUAGAGAAACUUCAGAUGUAUUGGAAAUAUAUAUAAUGUCUUGUAUUAUUGUCCUUUAGAUUAGAAAAAAGUUCAUUUUAAGGACUGUUUUCUAUUCUUUUAACAAUAAAAAUAAUUUGUGCAUUGGAA